CGCCCGUCAGUGCCAUCCGUCCUUCCGUCGCUGAACGGAUCGAUUCAACUUCAGUCAAUCGGAGUCUCGAGUCAGUCAUUGAGAAACGGUUGACGAGUACGGACGUGCUUUUUCGCAGCUCGAUUUUAUCCAGUGUGUGCGAAUAUCGGGCGUUCGGUUACGGAGUUACAGAACUCUUUGAAGUGUGCGCCACUUACCUUCCUAGACGGGGUUUUUGCGCAAAAGAUUAGAAUCGGUUGUAAUGCUGACGAUGUGGUGUAUGGAGUUUGAAGAGGGUGAAAUUUGAUUGAAAAAAUUAAAAUAUAUCGUAAAAGUGAGCCAGUUAGAAGAAGUUUUGAGUGAUUCUUUAUGAGGGUUUGAUGCGAAUCGUACAAUGAGCGUUGUUUAGAAGCAAAAAACCCGCAAAGUGCAGUGAGUCUGAAGUCUGAAAUAUCGAAAAGAAGCAGUGAUUGUUGAUAGUCGAGAAACCAUGGCAACGCAGGGCGAUUUCAGAAGCCUGCUAGGAUUAAUGCUGUCAGUUUUUUUCGUGGUGCAUUCGGUUAGGGCAGUGGAAGAGCUCAAAUGUGAACUGAUCACGGUUUCCGCUUGCCAGAAUCUGGUGUACAACAUGACGGUGGCUUCGGCACCGAUUGCAACGACCAAUGGGUCGGGAAAUUCAACCGGAUCCGGUGAAUCCAAUGGUGAACCCGGUGCAAUCCGGUCGCAACUCGAUGCAGAGCUUUUGAUUACUUCCCUGCGGCCGGUGAUCGAUUCGGGUUGCUCGAAGCAGGCCCUGUUCCUGUUCUGCUCGUCGCUGUUCCCGCUCUGCUCGGCAAAUGCACCCCGGCCGGUACAACCGUGCCGGUCGCUGUGCGAACAGGUUCGCAAGGACUGCUUCAGUGAUGCCAUCUUCAGCAAACUGUGGCCGGCGUACCUGGACUGUCGGACGUUACCGCAGCCGGAAAACCACGGACUCUGCAUGCAGGUCCCUCCGGAAGCCUCGGGAAGCGUUGAGAAGAACCUCAGCAACCCAACCGUCACUGCCGCCGUCCCCCUCAAGCCCUGGUCCAUUUUCAACCUCCCGCAGCAUCCAGCGAUGCAUCCCAACUCCAUUAUGGAACCGGGUGCCACCCGGCCCCCAACCAACCAUCACCACUCCCCGCCGGUCACCUGCCCCACCAACUACAGCCUCGAAUACGACCAAUGCGUUCCGAAGUGUGGUUCCUCCAUCGAUGCCAUGUACAAUGCCCGCCAGAAGGAGACCAUCGAGUUCUGGACCCUGAUGCUGUCGGCAGGAUGCUUCAUCUUCACGCUCAUGUCCCUGGUCACCUUCUGGACCAAGGCCACCAAGUUCGAGUACCCCGACCGGCCACUGCUGUUCAUGACGCUCUGCUACAACCUGAUGGGUCUCUGCUACCUUGAACGGACCAUCCUGCACAACCCACGCAAGGAACUCAUUGAUUUGCUAGAAUUCCGUCAGGAAUGCAACAUAACCUCCCAAUGUCUGGCGUACUACAUCAUCAAAAACUACCUGCUCAUCAGCGCCACUACAUGGUGGCUGAUCUUCGGCGUUUGCUGGUACCUCAGCACCGCCAAACAAUGGUCCUGCGAAGCCCUGGAGAAAAAAUCCGGUCUGUUCCACGUGAUGGCGUGGGUCGUUCCAUUCGCCUCGCCCAUCAGUGCCCUGCUCCGUGGCAACAUCCAAAAGUUUGAGCUCACCAACUUCUGCACCGCCAAAGGAUUCACCGAAAUCCCUGCUCUGAUCCUACUGCUCGCAGGAGCCACCCUGAUCUUCCUGGCUCUGGUCGCUCUGAAACGCCUCAAAUCCACUUGGAACCAGAGCGAAACCCUCUCCAAAGUAUUCACCAGAGUUCUGCUCUUUGCCAUCAUCUACCUCAUACCCGCACUCUCCGCCAUCAUCUGUACCUUCUUCGAGCGGAUUGAAAACCCCAUCGAACCGUGCACCUCCGGCACCAACUGCCCAGCUCCCAGAAAGUUCUCCAUUCUGCCAACGCUCCUGAAGCUGAUCCUCACCCUAGUCGGAGGAUCGACCACAGGCAUCUGGCUGUGGACCAAGCACACCAGUGAUCUGAGCAAAAAGGUCAGCGGAGCAAAUUCGGCCAACGGAUCGCUGAAAUCCGUUCCGCUGCUCAAGGUGAAUCACCCCUCGGCAGGCAGUGGUAGCCCGUAUCGAAGCACAACUACCGCCAGCAGCGGUAGCACUCAUCCGAGCUCCGGAUCGAAAAAGUACCUCUACAAUCAGGCAUACAGCAGUAGCCACCGGAGUGGUGCAUCCAAUGGCACCAGCGGAUACAUGCCGGUGCGGAUACACCGGAGUCUCCGGGGGAUGUCGUCGGCGGCGUCAUCCGGUGGACGGGGGCCAACGUCGUCGAUUAUUACGAGGAUUUGAAGCUGACAAGGGGUGCGUGACAGCCAGCUUUAACAAACGGGAUCGGAAUAGCAAACACAAAUAAAGCAUACACAUUUUAAACGCUGUGAUAUAGAAAUUCUAGGUUAGGAAUAUGCUUAAUAUUGACUACAAUGUGUUCUCGACGGUCUAGAUGAGUGACAAUAGUGGGAGAACAUUGUUCAGAAGUAAUUAUUUACUGUGUAAAUGAGAAAUCUAAUUGAAACAUUAGGAUAGGGAUAAUCCAGAAACAAUUGUGUAUAUAGGAAGCAAGUUUAGGUUAUGUUUUACGGAACAAACGGAAAAUAGAACGUUCUAGAUUUGUAAAAUUUAAAACGUCGGUUUCAACUUUUGAGUAGGAAGGAAGAGUGUACAUAGCAAGUAGUUUAUAAAACAAGUUGAUUGUAUAUUUAUAAUUGAAACA